AUGUUAUCGACUAGAAACCUGCUAUACUCGAUAGCAGCCUUUGCUGCUCUAUUUGACAGCAUCCACUCUCUGCUGGAUACCAGUUCCUCAUCCACCGUCGCUGUGUACUGGGGUCAAAAUUCGGGAAACACAGGCCAACAACGCCUGAGUUAUUACUGUGGUAAUCCGCAUAUCGAUGUGUUUCAACUGUCGUUUGUCACGAGAGUAUCUGGUGCAGCUGGUCUGCCAGAGAUGGACUUCGCCAACCAGGAAAGCCAGUGUAGUAUUUAUCCUGGCACGAACCUCCUAAACUGUCCUCAGAUCGGAGAAGAUAUCAAAAAAUGCCAGCAACAAGGGAAAACCAUCCUCAUUUCUAUCGGCGGAGCAACAUCAACAGAACGAGGUUUCGCUUCGGAGGCAGCAGCCAUCGAAGCCGCCAACAAGAUGUGGCAGAUCUUCGGACCCGUGAACGCAGGUAACACCGCAUACCGACCAUUCGGUGAUGCAGUCAUCGACGGCUUUGACUUCGAUUUCGAGACCAGCGUCACAAAUAUGGUGCCCUUUGCCAAUCAGCUGCGCCGCUUGAUGGAUGCUUCUGCGGACAGAAAAUACUACCUGACUGCUGCGCCGCAGUGCGUGUUCCCCGACGUAGCAGAUCAGGAGAUGCUGGAUGGAGCCGUUGCGUUCGAUGCAAUCUGGGUGCAGUUCUACAACAAUUUCUGCGGCGUGAAUGCAUUCUCCUUCGGCUCAAUGCAGCAGGGUGCUUUCAACUUUGAUCUAUGGGACGCGUGGGCUAAGAGCCAGUCCAAGAACAAGCAGGUUAAGGUCUUCAUCGGUCUGCCGGGAAAUGCAGCUUCGGCUGGAAGUGGUUAUGUUACUGCUGAGCAGCUCAGAGAGGUUGUCGCUUGGAGCAAGGCAUUCUCAAGCUUCGGGGGCAUUAUGGUAUGGGACGCUAGUGCGAUGUAUGCGAACCAAGGGUAUCUUGAAUCGGUGAAGACGACGCUCACCAGAGUUUCCAGGUCCAAACCCAAGGAGCCCGAGGUGGUCUCCAUCACCCGUCAGUUGAAGAUGGCUGAGGCUGAGACAUCCUCCGUCAAUCUCCCAAGCGAACAUUCGGAUGACUCUGCUUCACAGCGCGUGCCAGCGCAAGGCUUGUGGAACAGGUUCUUCAGACGGAGAGGGUCGGGAAAGUCGGAGUCCGAGGAGUCGGAGUCCGUCAAUAACCCGAACUACCGUUCGAAGGCAACUUUGGGGAUUCUCAGCGACAAGGAGACCGAUGAAGUACCAGGAACGGUACUGUUGCUCUCUUCAAAUCGCAACGAACCAUUGGGACUGCGGCACCAGCAGCGGCGGACGUCCGCAUCUUCUCUACCUAAUGCUUAUCCUUCAUCUCGUUCUUCGUCGCGCGCGACGGCUCCCCAGCCGAAGAAGACGGCAGACGGUCAGAUUGUCCUCAAUCCGCAGCCAGAUGAUUCCGUCAAUGACCCACUGAACUGGCCCAUGUGGCGGCGCGAUGCUGCGUUGCUCUCCCUGGGCUUUUACUGCUUAAUGGGAGGAGGAAUGACGCCCAUUCUUGCUGCGGGCUUCAACCAAGUCUCUGAGAGCUACGGUGUAAGCACUCAAAAAGUGGCCUACACCACCGGAUUGUACAUGUUGGGACUCGGAGUCGGGUCGGUCAUCAUGUCCCCAACCGCAAUUCUAUGGGGAAAGCGACCGGUGUAUCUCCUAGGGGCUACACUCUUUAUCCUUUCUGCUGUGUGGUGUGCCUUGUCUCCAAAUUACCCCAGUUUGGUGCUUGCUCGAAUUUUCCAAGGGAUCGCCGUCAGUACUGUCGAGUGUCUUCCCUCGGCUACUAUUGCCGAAAUCUACUUCCUGCAUGAGCGCGCAUAUCGUGUUGGCAUCUACACCCUUCUCCUCCUUGGCGGCAAAAACCUGGUGCCUCUGGUCAGCGCUGCUAUUAUCGGCAAUCUGGGAUGGCGUUGGGUGUUCUGGAUCGUCGCAAUUAUUGUUGGUGCUAGUCUCGUCCUCCUCUUCUUUUUCGUUCCCGAAACGUUCUGGGAUCGUACACCGCGUCCUCGUCGCUCUCACAAGCGUCCUCAUAUGAUACGGAGCGUAUCAGACCUGGUGACACACGGUCUCCGGGGUCGACAACUUCACCACCACCGUCUAGAGGACCCAGUCUUGGAUGGAGAUGCCAUCUCACCUGCUCCCAGAAAGACCAACAGGGGUCACGUCGGCUUUGCGGAGGAUCAAGUCCAGGAAGGAAAACCGGUAGAUGAGAAGGACAGAAACCGUGAUGACCAGCCAUCCGAAACACCAGCCGAGGACAACGACCAGCUGGGCUCGCCGGAUCCUGAGAAGCAUGACGCAUCCCUACAGAUACCAGCUCCAGCAGUCACUCGCGAGUCGGGCUCUCAGCGCGAUCUCGAAGCCGCUAGGCAAGCUGCUGUGUCACCGGCGCGCAGCGAAUCCGUAGAUCCAGCUGGACCACUGCCUCCAGCGCAGGUGUAUACCAACCGACUACGGGAGAAACCUCAAAUCCCCUUCACGCAUUAUCUGCGGAUUUGGAACGGACGAAUUUCGCAUGAUAAAUGGUUACGAGUCGCCGUCCGGCCGUUCAUUCUGUUCGCCUACCCGGCCGUUCUCUGGUCAGCAGUAGUGUAUUCGCUGUCGGUCGGAUGGCUUAUCGUGCUGUCCGAGUCUGUGGCGCAUCUCUACCAGGGCUCGCAGAAUUACAACUUCACACCUUUGCAGACAGGCCUCGUUUAUAUUUCCCCGUUUGUUGGCGGACUUUUGGGAACGGCAGUGGCCGGCAAAGUAUCCGAUGUGAUUGUGCGGUUUAUGUCUUGGCGCAAUGGAGGCGUUUACGAGCCAGAGUUCCGUCUUGUGAUGGCCAUCCCGAUUGCUCUAUCAACUUCGGCAGGAUUGAUGGCAUUUGGAUGGAGCUCGGAGGUGAAAGACUCCUGGAUCGUGCCUACGAUCUUCUUCGGUCUGGUUUCGUUUGGAUGCUGUCUCGGCAGCACCACAUCGAUCACUUUCUGCGUGGAUAGCUACCGGCAGUAUGCCGGUGAGGCCUUGGUGACUCUGAAUUGGAGCAAGAACGUAUUCCACGGUCUAAUUUUUUCGUUGUUUAUUGUCGACUGGCUUGAGGCAGACGGCGCUCGGACGGUAUUCCUCGCACUGGGGGGCAUUCAACUCGGAUGUUUGUUGUUCUCGAUACCCAUGUACAUCUACGGCAAGCGGGCUCGGAUGUGGACGGUACGGAAGUGUUUGAUGGAGAAGUUUUGA